GGAGGCCCGGGCCGAGGCCACUAACGAAGGCCCACUCGGGGACCCGGCAAGCGCCGCCAUCAGAGCCGUUGGCAUUCAUCAACAGUCUCAGAUGUCCCUACCAACACAGGCUUCAUCACAGGCAGGAAGCGCGAGCCCACGGGUUUUUCGCAUUCAGCCCCAACAACCCGCGUCGUUGAGUCUGGGCCGCACCCAACGCGCAAUCGUUUACCAUCUUCAUCUUGUGACUCCUGCAAAGGCUCGCGACCAGCCUAAAAGUACCAGGUUAAGCUCUCACCCUUCCAGUGCCGACGGUAAAGACCUUACUCCAGGGGCUUCCUCCUCACUGGGGAAUUGCCGGGAAGAGCAAACAAAAAAGGCGCUGGUGUAGGCUCCAAAAUAAACACAUCUGAAUUCAUGAUGGCAUCGACAGAGGCUCUUAUUGGAUUAAAAGUUUCAAAACAAACAAAAACGCUUUGGAAAAAGCAGGGUUGAAUGUCUGCCUACACCCUCAGGCACGACCAUGGAGAAAGGUGGGAACAUACAACUGGAGAUCCCCGACUUCAGCAACUCUGUUCUGAGCCAUCUAAACCAGCUGCGCAUGCAGGGCCGCCUCUGUGAUAUUGUGGUUAAUGUGCAAGGACAAGCUUUUCGGGCCCACAAAGUGGUACUGGCUGCCAGCUCACCCUAUUUCCGGGAUCACAUGUCCUUGAAUGAGAUGAGUACUGUCUCCAUUUCAGUCAUCAAGAACCCUACUGUUUUUGAACAGCUCCUUUCUUUCUGCUAUACAGGGCGGAUUUGCCUGCAGCUGGCAGAUAUCAUCAGCUACCUGACAGCUGCCAGUUUUCUGCAGAUGCAGCAUAUUAUAGACAAAUGUACACAGAUCCUGGAGGGUAUUCAUUUCAAAAUCAAUGUGGCAGAGGUAGAAGCAGAAUUAAGUCAAACGAGGACAAAGCAUCCAGAAAGACCUCCAGAAUCGCACAGGGUUACCCCGAAUCUGAGCCGUUCCCUGAGCCCACGACAUAAUACCACCAAGGGAAACCGGCGAGGUCAGGUCAGUGCUGUGUUGGACAUCCGGGAGCUCAGUCCCCCUGAGGAGUCCACCAGCCCUCAGAUAAUUGAACAGAGCUCAGACGUAGAGAGCCGGGAGCCCAUCCUCCGAAUCAACCGAGCAGGACAAUGGUACGUGGAGACGGGAGUAGCAGACCGCGGGGCCCGGAGUGAUGAUGAAGUCAGGGUUCUUGGAGCAGUACACAUCAAAACUGAGAACCUGGAGGAGUGGCUCGGGCCUGAGAAUCAGCCUUCCGGAGAAGAUGGGAGUAGUGCAGAGGAAGUCACAGCCAUGGUGAUUGACACCACCGGCCACAGUUCUGUGGGACAGGAAACUUAUACUUUAGGAUCUUCAGGAGCCAAGGUGGCUCGGCCAACAAGCAGUGAAAUUGACAGAUUUAGCCCCUCCGGCAGUGUGGUUCCCUUGGCGGAGAGACACAGAGCCAGAAGUGAGUCUCCCGGGAGAAUGGAUGAGCCUAAGCAGCCCAGCUCCCAGGUAGAAGAGUCAGCAAUGAUGGGAGUAAGUGGCUAUGUGGAGUAUCUCCGAGAGCAAGAAGUAUCUGAGCGGUGGUUCCGGUACAACCCUCGUCUCACCUGCAUCUACUGCGCCAAAUCUUUCAACCAGAAGGGGAGCCUGGACCGCCAUAUGCGCCUGCAUAUGGGGAUCACGCCAUUCGUCUGCCGCAUGUGUGGCAAGAAGUAUACCCGGAAAGAUCAGCUGGAGUAUCAUAUCCGCAAGCACACAGGCAACAAACCCUUCCACUGUCAUGUUUGUGGCAAAAGUUUCCCCUUCCAGGCCAUCUUGAAUCAGCACUUUCGCAAAAACCACCCUGGCUGUAUACCCCUGGAGGGGCCUCACAGCAUCUCCCCUGAAACAACUGUCACAUCUCGAGGACAAGCUGAGGAAGAGUCACCAUCACAAGAAGAGACAGUUGCUCCUGGGGAGACUGCCCAGGGCUCUGUGUCCACCACUGGGCCAGACUGAAACUUCGAGGGGGAGGGGGCAGACCCUCUUCCCCUUUGGGCCGUGAGCAGCCAGCAUCGGGGCCAUCGGCUGGUACUUAGAUUCACAAAAUGUCACAUCACUAGAUCAGAAGAUGCUCCCAAGAUGUUGCCAAGCUAGAGGAUCAGCAACAUACACAGAAGCACGAGAGGCUCUUCCCCUCCUCCUUCCCACCUCAUACUUUGGAAAAUAAUCAAGCAAAUCAACUUUCUAAUUCAGGGAUCAACAGCCUUGGUUUGUUAACUUUAUAAGAAAAAAAUUUUUUAACAAAACAAUGAUAAGUGGUCAUUUAUCUGCCAGUCAUGUUUGAACACUGUACUUUGGUCCAUAUCAUCCUGGUGGCUGUCAUUGCCCGGAUCUAAAUAAACUGCAGGAGCUUUGGUCAUCUGAACCAGCCAGCCACAAGAGAGAAGGAAGUAGUCAUGAUGGUGACAGGGAGGAGGCCCAUCUCCUCUUCCUUCCUUGCCAGAACAUGCAGUUUCACGUUUCAAGAAAAAAAAGUAUCCUGGUGGUUCUUACUGUUUCGAAAGGUUAGACCUUAUCUUUGCUCUAAUUGGGCAUCUGAUCCUUUGCCUGAUUGUCUCGUGUAAGCAGCCAUCUUGGAGCGGUGUUCUAGUCAGCAGCACCACCUGAAGCACUUUAGGCACCUAGACGGGAAAUGAGCAACAAGAGUGUUUGCAGUAGGUUCUGCUACAUUGGGGGGGUUCAAGUAUAAUAUUGAGGAAGAGGGGAAGCAGGGAAGGAAGUGGGGUGUUUCUGCAGAUGUCAAAUGGUGCAGAGUACUGCAACUUCCUGAUCAGUAUUUGUAAACCAUAGUGCUUAAAUAUCUUUGAUUGUUAGGAAAUGGCUCUCGUCCAGAUGAAUUGAUGUGUUAGGCUGAGUACCAAAGUUUCAUCCAGUCUCUCUGGCUCCUCCUUUCACAUAACAGCAAUAUUGUACAUCAAAAAUGUCACUUUCCAGUGAAAUGAGCCUGGACUGUAUUUUUAAAUCUACAGGUCUCCAUAUUUGAUAACUUUUAUAUGAAGUUUUAAACACAUUUUUUCUGCAAUAUUGUGGUUGAAGAAAUUCAACACUAUGGUUCUUAUUGCAACCACAAUAGCAUUUCCUUCUACAUAUGUAAUAGUUUAUAUUUUCAAGCCAAUAGAAGAACCUCACUAAAUCCAUGUCUCACGUCUGCAAACCUAGUAAUUCAUAAACCCACCAUCAGCAAAUUGCUGGUGACUCCAAGAGCUUUGCUUUUUAAUAAUACACUACAGGGCAUUCACCAGAAAACAUCAUGCACAAUCAUGUUGCAAUAAAUUGAUCAAGGGAUCAGUUUUGAUCAGGUUUGGUUACUUAAUCAUUCCUAAGAUUUUUAAAACUUCAAGGGACCUUUUUGAUAAUUCUGGGGAUUUCUGAGAUUCUUAAUCCAGCACUGAGAGUCAGAAAAAAUUUACCAAACAUGUAGAGUUUUAGAUGUCCUGUCUCGCAUUCAGAGAAUGAAGGAGGAUUAGUAAGAGAUGCGGGCAAGGAUAUGCUUACAGUGCAAAUAGAAAAGGAAAAAUCUAUAGCUUCUCCUAAUUGAUCAUUAAUGUUUUAAGAGUAUUUAAAUAUGCAGUGGUUUAAGCAGUUGUUUUGAUGCAAGAUAAUACAAGAUAUACAAGAUAUAUCUUGUAGAUAAUACAAGAUAUUUGGGGUGGGGCUGGUCAUGCCUGCACUGGUGAGCCAUUUGUGAGAAUGCUAAUAGCGUGUUCCCUUCUUGAGAAUGCUUUGUGGUAUAUGGAAAGGUGGGUAGAAACAAUGGCAUUUCUUUGAUGAUAGGAAGUUAGAGUGCAAAGAGUAGCUCAUAAGCAAUCUGAGAAUUAUACAUAUGCAUAAAGCUGCACCAUGUCACUACAGAGUGUUUAUUUUCUCUUCUGGAAAAACGUAGAAAUGCAUCUUAAAUAAGAAUAUAAUGGUGUCACCAUUUGAUAAGAGCCUACCCUUACAGCUGUCGAAGUUGUCUUUUGUCUUUUAGAGAUAUAGACUGGGGCAUUCUCUUCUUUAGCUGGGCAACAGCAUGAUAGGGCCAUUGUAGGGACCAGCUAUGCUCUGUGGCAUAGACGUGGAUUUGAAAUUAGACUAAAAUCUUUAGGGAAACAUUUUAGCUGGUAAUCAAGGCUAUCCGUGGACAGAUUCGCCAUUACUGAAUAGGAAGGUGAGAAGUACAAAAUAUGCUGCUGUUGAUGGAGCUUUUAAGCCUACCAAAAAUUUUUUUAAGUCCAUCCUACUUUUGAGAAGUAGUAUGCUGGAAAAUUCUUUAUGCUUCGUUAGUUUCUUAGGUUUUCUGUGAGAAAAUAGAGCUUUUUAAACUCUUCCAAAAUGUAAAGGUAAAGUGCAGUAAUUUUUGUAAAGAGAAACUGCAGCAUUUGUCAGUACUCCAUCCAAGAUUAGCAACAAACAUUUUAAACAACAUAGGGACUCUUUAGUAGAUGUGGAAAUGCUAUGAGUGUUUGGUGGGUUCCCCUCCCUUUUCAUUCACUUGUAAUAGGUUUUUGCUGUAUUGAUACUGUGAAUAGAGUGCUACCCGGUCUUCUAGGACCACAUCAGCACAAUCAUGUUUGCUGAUUCUUGCCUCUUAAUUGGCCAAGCCCAGAGCCAUGAAAUUCAUGAACAUUCAAGCCAGGCUAGCUUUUAAACAAAUUAAAGUUUCUAAAAGCAAUUUCCAUUUUAGCCAGAAAAGAUAUUAUUAUUCUAAAUAACUAUCCAAGAUUCUUAUCCAGGUUCACUGUGACAUUGUCCUAGUUCUUAGCUAACAUCAUUGUAGGGUCAUAGGAGUUAGUAGUGUUCUAUCUACAUUAAUGAAUAGCUGUGUUGAUGUGUGCACAGAGGAUACCUCUCAUACGGAUGUACUAAAUGGACUUUAGCUAAUGCUGAAAACUCAUUACCAAAUCUUAACUUGCACAUGUCACCUUGUGAAGGGAACUGCAUUAGCCAAUGAGAGCUAAAUCAUCAUUAAGUACUUUAAUGCCAUGAAAUAGCAAACACUGGGACCGUUUUCAUUCAUUGAGUGGCACUUAAUAGCUAGGAGCUACCCAAUAUUCUCAGCAAAAGAAGAGAGAUGGCAAUAUAUUAAUCUGUUUUCAUUCCAAGCGGUACUUUUUCUCUCUGAACUCUGAUACCAGUAUAAAUAGAGCAUUGGCAUGAACAGGGACACUGUACUUAGGCAGAAAGGCUCUUUCUAAUGAUUUGUUCUCUCUUUACUCAGAACCAUACUUACCUCUGAACCGAGUUGAGUUUUAUGUACUUUGCCAACUACUCCCAAGCCAUCAUUGUACCAGACAGUUAAAUCUAAUCUUGAAUAAGUAAAAAUAAAUGUGUUCCUAAAGGAUAAAGAUUGGACAAGAAGGGAGAUAGCCAUUAAGGAAAGUUUUCUUGUCAUUUUGUUUUAUUGGUAUUUUAAAAUGUUUCCAGUUCUCUCUACAUCAGUGAAAACAGAGUUUCCAAAGAUGUGAUAAUAAAAAUAAAGCAUUCUCCUCCCAGCUUUGGAGUUGAGAUCUGGCCUUGGUUGGAAGUGGUCUGGAGGAAAAGUGAAAUAGUGAACUUCAUCCUUAAUAGCUGAAUGGUCUCUGGUCAAGAAAUAACUUUAAAAAUAUUUUAGCUGAAAAAAAAAUUAGCUGUUACUUGACACCAAUCUCUUUCUUUAACUGGUAAAAAUUAUAUUUUGUUUGACCAGAAGAUCUAAUUUAUUUUUUUUCAGGAGAUCUAAUUUAAAGAAAUAAAAACAGUGGAUAAUGGAAAGGAAAUUAAGUGGAACAAAGGAGGCAGUCUUCUUAAUCCUAGUGGAAGGUGCUUAAUUAGGAAGGGGUCAGAAUCCUGGAAGUCUCUCUUUCUUCAGCUAUGACAGGUGGCUUUUUUUUUUUUUUUUCUCUUCCUCAGAUUCUCUUCUCAUCUGCUUCCUGGUUUAAGGCGUAACAGAGAAGUCUUUAUUGAACUCAUCUUUGAAAAUGGGGCUCUUUAGCUUUGCCAUUUGGGAAAGAGCGCACAAUAUUGGAGUAUUUUAGUUGCUGAGAUUUAGAAAAAGGACACCAAGCUCUGUGAUGUCAGGUAUAUCCUGGGCUGGAGAGGAUGCCCCUUAGCAGAAUUAUGUCCCUAGAAUUUAUGAAUUAGAUCAGGCUUCCACAGACUGCGGCCACAAGUGCCCAAUCCUGAGGUCAUCUGUUUGUCUAAAGAGAGUGGUGGUGGCACCUGUUCUUCAGGUAUUGUUCCUAUUAUGGUGGCAAGGUUGAGUGCUUUGUGACACAGACCACAUGGCCAGCAAUGCCUGAAAAUGUACUGUUUGUCACUCGACAGAAAAGUUUGCUAACUCCAGAAUUCGAUUUGAAAGAUUCAGAUUUGAAAGACCCCCAAAUUUGUCACUCCUGCCAUUUUGUCUUUUUAAUACUUCCAUUGAGGUUUUAAAUUCAUGUUGCCAUGUAUGCAUCAGUUUCUUGAAAGAGCUUAUCAUCUUUUUCUGGAUCUUUUUCUCAUAACUCUCUUUGUAUUCCUUCUUAAUGAUUCCCAUUGCUUUAAAAGCAUUUAGAAUAGCCUUAUGAUCUGUCCUUGCCUUAAAGGUGCAGGUAGAUUAAAGUUUAGGAUGGUAGUUACAGAUGUAACAAAGGAAUUUAGAAAAUAAUUCCCAUGCGUAAUAAUGUAGGAUUAAAUGAGUACCAUGUUUACAUAAAAUACUGUAAAAAAAUUAAUGUUUUUAUAAGUAAGUUUUGCCAUUCCUCUGAGAUCACUUGAACUGAUUUGCAUAAUGAUGGCAAGAAUGAAUUUAUUCCCACUAUUAUUAAGAAUUUAACUUCUGUUAUGAAUAAGUGGUUUGACUCUUACCCAGAAUACUGUCUUUCUAGAUUAGAAACCUCUAUCCUUUCCCUGUAUUACAAAUCUUCCUUUUCAUUUAUUCAAACUCACUCUGUUCCAUGUGGAGUAGUAAAAAGCCAAAUCUUACUCCGUUCCUUUCUUUUUCCCAAUGAAUGUUUUAAAGCAUAAUGAAAUCUCUGAGGAUUUCAAAUUCCUCUUAAACCUAUCUCCUGAUUUCUGUUACUAUCAUUUUUCUAAAUAUAUACUGGGCCAUUACUUAUUUGCUCUCUGACUGUUCAUUCUUACUGUUCAAAUAGCCUAUUUAUGCCAGAUAUGCAAAAAUUGGAAACUGUUAGGAUGAUUGUAAAGAGAAUUCCUUGCAAGAGGAAAGUAUAAUUGUUCUCCAUAUGGAAACCAUGCAUAGACUUCUGAGUUAUAUUUAUUUAUCAGGACAAAUGAACUAGGCCAUGCUGACACGAUGUAGUGAGUUUGAUUGGUACUUUGUUGUCAGCUCAGCCAACACAUACCAAGUUCGGAUGAGUGACUUAGCCCUCCAGUACGGCACCUCUCUACUAGGCAUUUUAUUCUCACGGUUGCUUUUUUCUAAGUUGAGUACUAGUAAGUUUUAUAUUAUAUGCCCUAUGAGUAAUAGAUAAUCCUUACCUAUAAAGUUCCAGAAUAUUUGUCUAGGUUAGAACUGCCUUGUCUUAGAGCACUUAUAGUAAUACAGGGUUCUUGAGAUUUUUAGAGUGUUGCUUUUCUGAUUCAUUUGGGAUUCUGAUUAAUCUGGAAUGUAGAAUUUGUGAAAUAAAUUGAAUUUAGAUAGCCCAAUGAAUCAUCUGCCUCCAGCUCUGUGUGAGGUCUAAGGGACAGUUGUUAUUUCUAUAUAAAUAUGUUGAAAACAAUGUUGUUUGCCUAGCAUUAUGAUUUCUUUGAUAAUUAUCAGUCUUACGUCUUGCCUUCUUUGCUUUCUAGAGGCUGUUUUUCAGUUUUCAAUUUUCUCAUUUUUAGGUAGUGCAUUCCCCAGGGCCAGUCUUUGUACUUCAUAGUCAGUAGGUUUUCUUGUUCAGGACAAGCCAAAAUUGGAUAUUGUGCAUACUUUAAAACACCUGACUUAGUUACAUUUCGAAGGAUGUAGUUAACUGACAGCAACAGUGAUGCAUAAACCUGGAAAAUAAUCUGUACAGACUAUCCAGUUUUGUUGUAUAGGCAGCCUACCUUUUCCCUCCACUGUGAGAAACAGCAAUGACUUUAAAGGCAAUCAUUACUUCAAAUGUAUAUUAUCUUCACAGAGUACAUACAUGAAUAAAUUUCAUCUCCCACAUUUUCCCCCUUAUCUAUAGAACAAAUACUUCCCAUCUUAACACAGUUAAGAAGGCCCUGCUAACUCAAAUAGUGGAAGCUUUAAACAACAAAGCUAAGUUAUGAAGGCAAAGCAGUUCAUGAAAAAUGAAACUUCUAAACUUGCUUCUUUCUUGUCUACUCAGUAAGUCCUGUUCAGGAGGCCAGAACUCAUUAUCCAGUUAAGAGAGAUACAUGUAUAGCAUCUCAUAUGGACAACAGCACAAUUUAAUAUACUGUGAAUCUUAGAAUCUGAAUGAAUCCAUAAUGCCAAAAGUCAGAGUAUCUUAUGGGGAAAUGUUUCCUAUUCUGUGAAAUCACUUAAGCGAUAAGUAGCAUAUAGGAGAAUCUGUUCCAUAAAGUAAGAUUAAGUACUUUUUUGGUACCAGACUAUGUGCUUGAAAUUUAUAUAACAAAAUUGAUUUUAGACAUAGUUUAGAUGUGGCUUCCUAUACUUGAGAAUCCUGAAUCCACUUGGUUGGAGUCUGGAUAUAUGCUUUUUAAAAGCCUGCACUUUUCACCACAGAUAUCAAAGAGAAGGGGACAGAAUUUAACUGUACUAAGUGCUUGAGUGGCAUACUCGAAGUUAAUCCUCAGAAUAAUCCUGUGAGGUAAUGACAGAACUAAAAAUAGUUCAGUUUUUUGGAGUGCUUGCUAUGUGCCAGGCACAAAUCUACGUGUUUCAUAUUACUUAACUCCCCAAAUCCUUCUAAUAGUCCCAUUAGGGUAAACACCAUCAUUAUCCUCACUUUAGAGAAGGAGAAACGGAGGCACAGAGAGGAUGACCAAGGCUAUCUGACACUAGAGUUGACACUCUAAUAGACUAUGUUGCCCUUGAGAGGUGUAAUUAUAUCACAUUUUGUAGAUGAAGAAACUGAGGAGCCCAGGGUUACAUAAUGAAUAAAUUUCAGACCUAAUAUUUACCCGUCUGAUUCCAAAGCUCAGACUCUCUCCACUACAUCAUGCUGACUCUGUUUAGUUGUAAAGAAUUGAGGUGAACUGAAAUAAACAAUAGCCAGUAACAGUACUGCUUUGAAUGAAUUUUUAACUCAAGAAAGCAUGAUUGGGAGAUUUCUUCAAAAGAUAAUGUCUCUGGGCAGAUGUUGAAUGGUGAAUAUUUUUUGGAGGUAUUUAUUGCCCAUUUACUCGCGUUGCCUAUUUUAAUAAAUCUAAUUGUGAAUCAGUUUAAGUUACCACCAAGGCAACGAUUGAAAGAUAGCAUUCCUGUAGUUACUAGCUUUGUAACAAACUACCCUAAACUAUAGUGACCUAAAACAACAAUUUUAUAUAUCUUGUGAUGGUGUGAAUCAUAAAUCCAGUAAAAGCUCAUCUAGGCAGUUCUCUUGUUCCCUGUGAUGAUGACUGAGGUCACCUGGUAGUAUUCACAGGUGGUUGCAGUGGUCUGGAGUGGCCAAGCUGACCUCAUCAUAUGCCUGACACCUUUAGGGAGGAAUAGAAGAUGGUGCUCAGCAGGCCCUCCUCUCCCACUCUGGAGUCCCGGGGACUUACCGUGUGGUCUCUCCACUGGGGCAGUCAGACUUAUUAAAUGGCAGCUCAGGCCUCUUUAGAGGCUGGGCAGAAGGUCCCAGUCCUCCUAAGGCCAGGCUCAGAGCUGUCAUAGAGUCACUGCCAUACACUUGAACAGAGAAGUCACUGGUCAGUCCAGAUUCAAGGGCAGUGGAAAUACCUUACCAUUGAUGGCAUGUGUGUCAAGGAUUUGGGACCACUUUAAUCUGUCAGAGAUAACAUUAGGUCUUUGAUUGCUCUGGACUUCUCUGUGUUCAUUCAUUUGGGUUAGUUGUUUGAGCCAUUGAAACCACUUAUGAUGACUACCAUGAGUCAGGAAAGGAGCUAGAAAGAGAAUGAGGCAGGGACACCUGGGUGGCUCAGUGGUUGAGCAUCUGCCUUAGGCUUAGGGCGUGAUCUUGGGUCUGGGAAUCGAGUCCCGCAUCAGGCUCCCUGCGAGGAGCCCGCUUCUCCCUCUGCCUAUGUCUCUGCUUCUCUCUGUGUGUCUUUCAUGAAUAAAUAAAAUCUUAAAAAAAAAAAAAGAAAGAGAAUGAGACAAAUAUCCAGAACAUGCUUCAUUAGCUACCCAAGUUUCAUUUAUUUAGAGCAAAAUUUCCAUUUCAUUUUUCUUUUGUUCCAAGUUCCAAGUUGUGAGCAUUUACUGAUGCUUUUUUGCUCUUUGUUUUCUGUGAAGCUAUAGUAAUUGUACAUACUGAGCCAAAAGUACUCCAGAGGGAGUAAAAAGCUUACUGUUAGAGAAGUUUAUUUGUUAGAGAUGUCAGCUGUAUUUAAGUUUACAGACAGGCAAAAACUCCUGUGGUAAGGAAAAUUCAUAUGGCUACUAAAUCUCUUUCAACAGGAGUUUCUAUUGAGUGGCUACCUGGAUCAUAUUCCUGAGAUCAUUGCAAGUCUUGCCUCCAUUGUCCUAGUUCCAUCUUUACCGUCACCACACCACCUCAGGCACAGUUCUGUGCUAGAAGAUAAAUAAUUUGUAUUACCUUUCAUAUGGGAGAAUUCAUUGCUCAAUUUUAUAUGUUAUUAAUCCUGUAAAAUUAGCAGUUGCUAUCAACCUGUCAUCCAAAAUAACAGAUGACUGAACUUUAGGAUCUUUGUCAGAUUUAGGGUGCUUUAUUUAAACUCCUUUAUUUAAACUUAUUAGACUAUUGCUAUGACAGAAGAAAUAUGGGCAGAACAUAAAUUCUGCUCUAAAAAUGAUUACCCCCAAACCAAUACGAUUUGUAAGAGGAGAGAGAUUUGGGAUUACCUAUCCAUUCCAUAGGCAAUGGAUUCCCAGAGAGUUAGCUGUGAGGGCUUCUUGCUGGUCAUCCCCAGGUAUCACAGAAUGAAAGACAACAGUCUCUGUUCCUUAGGUCAGGCCUCAGGAAUUGCAAAUACAGGAAAGGGUACUCAGGGCUGAAGACUUGAUUUAGGGCUCUAACAUGCUGGGAAGGGAAAAAGAAGACUUCGGCAUUUGUAGUCAGAUAACCAGGGGUGAAAUGUUUGAGGCAUUAAGAUCAGAUUUUAGCAUACAAGAAUUGGGGCCAGUUUCAAUGAACAAAAACAAAUGAGCCUUAACAUUUUCUUUUUGAUCCACAUUUCCACUCUAAUGUACCUCAAAGUCUGCUUUUUUGUGUGUGACAGAGAAGCCUUUGAAAAUAUGUUCCCAGGGAAUGAGAAAUCAUACAGUGAUCAAUGGAGAAGUCUCUCAUUCUGUCUGGCAUAGCUCUUUGGGCCCUCCUCUGGAUUCUCUGUGACACUUAAGUUUAAAAUCUUCUGCUGGUGGCAUGAGAAUGAAGUACUAUGGUCUUGAUUGGCAGGCGAGAACAAAGUCAGGAGAUUUGACAACAUAUUGAGUAGAUUUGUAGAUUUGACAACAUAUUGAGUCUGUCUUUCCGGCAAUUCAGGCCAUUCACAGCAACCUGUGGGAAUAACAGUUCCUUUGGGUUCCAAUUCCUCUCUUAGCUCCGUCUUUUUUUUUUUUUUUUUAAGAUUUUAUUUAUUCAUGACAGAGAUAGAGAGAGAGGCAGAGACACAGGCAGAGGGAGAAGCAGGUUCCAUGCAGGGAACCUGACGUGCGACUUGAUCCCCGGACUCCAGGAUCAUGCCCUGGGCUGAAGGCAGGCACUAAACCGCUGAGCCACCCAGGGAUCCCCAGCUCCGUCUUAAAGCAGAACUUUGUGACAUAUUUGAAGACGAUCUACUGAAUUUCCUACAGAGUAAUAGAGUCCUCACUGUAGUGGUUGUCUAAGAACCACUGCAAAAAAAACAGAAUUACAGCAUAGGGAACAAAGCUUAAAAUGUGUUUCCUCUGGAAGCUGAGAUGCUCCAGCAGGGGUCACUGAGAGUGUGGCUGAAUUCUACGUCUAGAACAGCUAUCAGUGAGAUAGCAGAGAUAUUUAGGAUUUAUAUGGUAUUUCUCAUAUUUUUACAAAAAAUGAUUUUAAAUCGUGUAACUUGAAGUUUUAAAAAAUGAGCCUGUUUUCUUUUUGGAAAACUGGCCCAGUAAAAAUAACACUAAUAUAAUUCAAUUGUAUAUGCAUGUGCAUUGAACACAGAGUGGUAUACUAAAGAUAGUUCAUGCAAAUAACUUUUGUGGGAAGUUUGGCUAUUUUCGUAAUACCUUUUUUCAUAAAUGUAUGUUUAUAAAUAUAUUUACUCAUCCACUAUGACCUUGGUAGCGUUAGAAGCAUUUGUUAGCUGUAUCAUUGAUUAUAAAAUAUCAAAUUCUUAGCAUAGUAGGCUAUGAGAGCUUUUUUGUUGCUUUGUAUUCUGGCUAAGAAAAUUACUUCUUGCACUUUCUAUUUAUAAAGAUGUUAUAACACAUUGCACCCACUUAGUGUAGCUGUUGUUUAGGGACAAAAAAUGUAGGUGUUGAAGUAAAAUGUAUGUUGAAAAAGCCUGGCAAAAGGAGGGACCUCAAAAUAACAAACUUGGCUUGCAUCUACCUGAGAAGAGCUGGGGCUUAAUAUCAAAUUUAGAGUGAAAGUAGCUGUUGGGGUAGGCGUGCUAUUGCUGCAAGUUGCAAUUUUAUUGUGAGUUGCCAGCUGUGUGUGUGUGAUUGUAUGUGUAUAUGUGAGAAAAGGGCAUCUGAUGAAGGCAGAUGAGUCAAUGUAGAAUAGUCUACCUCCCAUUAAAGACUGAGCAGAUUCCAAUAUUGCCCUGUAGCUCUUUGGGCAGGAGGCUGAAUUCCUCAGGCACUGCCCACCUCAUCCUCUUUUGUACUUGCUUCAGCUCCUCUACCUCUGAGCACUUGGCUGAAGAAAGACUGUGCUUUUUGUAGCGAGCGAAGGAAAGCCCGACACAAUAUCUAGAGGUUGCAGUAUCACACUUCUGGUCAUGUGUAGAUGUUAUACUUAGUUGUGGUGUCCGAACCAAACAGUGUCAGGAUGCCUUGGUUUAGUGCUUUUAUCUGCUGGCUUCUGUUUGCCAAGAGCAGCCAAUGCACACUGAGUCUUUCAGUUUUUUUUAAAAUCGCACCAAACUCCUUCUAAUGAUGUGAAAAUUUUGUUUGAAUCUGAGGGGUUUUUUGUUAAUUGCCGUUUGCAGUGCAUGACUGGGGGCCUAGAUGGUUAACCGGAUUUUCCCGAUGAUGAGCCUUCUGCCAAUAUCUUGACACAGGUGUGCAUGACCUGGAUUUUUGGAUAACUUGUUUUGCUUUUAGUCACUCCAAAGAGAUAUUCCUGAGAUCUAAUGCCUAUACUGUUAUAAUAGUCAAGAUGGCCUUACUUGAACGUUGUGUGUGUCGGGAAAUUGAGUUUCAGCAGUAAACUGCCACUAGGCACACCACCUUAUCUUUAAAUCCGGUUGUAAAAAUCAACUUACUAUUUGGGGCACUAGUACAUUGAGCCAUGUCAGGUUACCUACAUUUUGAACAUGUGUUAUAGCUUAGGAAGGAUUAUUGGCCCUUUGAUAUACUGCAGUGCUUUCCACCUUUUCAUCUCAAGGCACUGGCUGCUUGUGAUGUCUAAACAGGGAUUCUCGGGUUAGGAGUGAGAAUGAGAGUGAUCUAUUUUCAGAUUUUUACAAGUUGGCCUCUCUGUUUAGGCACUAGCUGAUAAGUUUUUGCAUUCCUGGUGACUGGGAAGGGCAAGCAAUGAAUAUAGUGUGAAGUUCCAAAUAAUGAGACAAGCAUUAUUCCUAGGUGACAACUGUGAUCUAGUGACCUCUGCCUGAAUACAGUAGAGUCCUGGGAGAUGAGGCAGGGAAAUCAUGUGACUACUCACCACAGCUGUUGUUUCUCUUCUACUCUUUUCUUUUCUUUUUUCUUUUCUUUUCUUUUCUUUUCUUUUCUUUUCUUUUCUUUUCUUUUCUUUUCUUUUCUUUUCUUUCUUUCUUUUCUUUUCUCUUUCUUUUUUUGUGUGUGUAUUAAAGCAUGGGAACAGGACCCUGGGCAGAAAAAGCUCUCCAGCUAUUGUUAUUCUAACUGUAGAAUCAUUGUCAGCCUAUAAGCCGUGCUAAUAUCCUAGAUUCAGGAAUUAACUCCUGCUUAGGAAAAUUCUUCCCUCUGGCUUAUCUUUUUGUGCCAAGUCUGUCCUAGGUCUGUCCUCAGCUGUUUUGUGAUAACACAUACUUAAGUGCAGACUUAACCUAAAACUGAAAUUUACUGUUGACAGUGUGAUCUGUUACAGCCAAAGUGAUUUAUUUAAAAACAAAACAAAAAACACCUAGGUAACUUCUUUGGGGCACAUAUUAAAUCUAUGAAUAUGAGAGGAAGCAUGAAGUCUUACCUUUCUUCCCUCUGGCUUAAGUGAACACUGGCCUUAAUGCUUUUUAUUAUGGAGCCAGUUGGCCUAAGCCAGUGGUUUUCUAACUCGGCUGGACACUAGAAUCACCUGGGGCAUUUUAAAAAAAUUACUGUUGUCUGCUCCUCCCCCCCAAUAUUCAUGUUUUAUUGGUCUGCUCUGCAACCUGGGCUUUAAAAGCUCACCAGAUGAUUCUAGUGGGCAGCCAAGGUUGAGGAUCACUGGCCAGGCCAGGUAGUCUUGAGUGGUCUUCAGCAGGAUAAGCUCAGUUGGUUCUUUUUUGGUCAUAAGAUACCUUUAUUGAUAUCCCAGCAUGGCUCUGAGGUUAAGGCUCGGGUGGCCAAGGCUCAGGUGGUAAGAUGGAUCAUCCAUUUGUCCUCAAAGUAAUUCUGGAGAGAGAUGUUACCAUCCAUCCAGUUUCAUCUCUAUACCAAAUACAAGGUGUGCAUAAGUAAGCAAAACAUAUUUUCAAAGUCUGGUCUCUGGAAUCCUCUUUUCUUUGCAUAUGUGAUUUGAGUGGAGAUUUCUCAACUCUUCUAGCUAAAAUAGAGCACUUGAAAUUAUUAAAAGGGCCAAGCCCAACACACCUAGGAUGAUUUCUAUUUGUAAACUGAACAGAUAGCAUUAUUCAAGUUAGUGGAAAAAGAGAAGGAUCCUUUCUGGGGGUGAUGGUGAUACAUUUGAUUAUUUGUCUCUUAGCCUGUCUUCUAAGUGGGAUUCCAAUGUAAAGUGACUUUCACUUUUCCUUGGGUAUUUUAUUGUUUUUUGUUUUGUUUUGUUUUUUUGUGAAUGAAAUGCACUAGCUAAGGCUUAAAUAUUUCUGAAUUUUACAUGAAAUGUGAAAUGAGUCAUUUUAGCAUCUUUAUUCUAGGAUGUCAGAGACCUAACCCAGUAAUCCUAAAUGAAGUUCCGUAUCUUUCUUUCUUCCCACCCUGGGUUGUAAUGAUGCCUGCCCUUGGCAACUUCGCACAUGAUAAUGGGAAGGGGAGAACUGUUGGAUUCCCUUAAAAGUGAGAUACGUAGCGCCCCCUACCACCACCCCUUUCAAACUGACUAGCUACCAACUGAUUUCUCAUUCAUGAUAGAAAUUUUUUUUAAGAGCAAGUUCAGAUAUAGAGUCUCUCUUCUGAGAGAAUUCUGGGCACUGUAGAAAUUUUUAUUCAUAAAUUGCCUACAAUAAUCGAUACUUUAAAUUUCAAAUAGGUAGUGUGUUCAGGAAGAAAAAUUGGUUAGAAGGAAAGAUUGGCUAGUGCAGAGACUGAAUUAGUAUCAGGCUGUGAAAUUUCAUUAAAAUAACAUUGAGGCCUGGCUAUUUACAUAGCAUGUAAAUGCUGCAGUGUCUUUUCGAGAAAAUGCCUCCUAUGCCUUAGAUAAUUUAUGAAGGCUUCCUGAUAUGGGGUGGAGUAGAAAAAUGGUAGCCUUUGGUAGCCUUUGGGACUUGCAUGCAUCCAGAGAGGAGUGCGUUAGGGUUUCAUCCUGAGGAGGAUUGUGGAGUACUGUGAAACAUUGUUGAACUUUAUGCAAAUCACACUGCACUGGAUUUUAUGAUUCCUGGUGGGGGUGUGGAGGAUGAGGAGGGGAAGUAAUGGUACAAAAUAUAUAAACUUGUUCUGUAUGUCAAGCAAGGAGUGAAACAAAUUCCCUAUCAGGAAUUCUCUAUCAGGACUGUGAAGUUCAGGCAAGUUCUCUGCCCUGCUGGAUCAGCUUGCUGAUUCCUCUUCAACUUCUAAGAAGUCCUUUCUGAAACAGCUACGCACAUGCUAGUCUGAUUACAGUUUUACCACCCUGCCUCUCCCCCUACUCAGCAAAAGAAAAACAUUCCCAAACUAUAGCAGUGUGUUCUGUCUCAGUCCAUUAACUCUUUAUCUACUCUGGUCUGUGUUCACAGUUGUAGCCCAUUGCAUUAUUUUGUGAUCUGAUGGCAGAACUUAAAGAGAUCUGCCAAUUCAGAAAGGAACCAAUGGCCUCUCCUUUAAGAAAUCUUAAAACCAGGACUCUCCAUCUUUGGCACGUCAGCAUUAGUGAGUAAAGGGAGAAGUAUAUUUGGAAGAGCACUUAGAUUUCCUGUCUCCUCCUCAUUUGGGGUGGAACCCACUCAUACUUUGCCCCUGAGAGGAGAAGGGAAGACUGAGUGUUCAAAGAUGGAAAAGUCAAGGUAGCUGAAAUUUGGUUUCCUUCAGAUGGACAUGGUCUGAAAAGAAAUCUGUCCACCUGUUCUCUAUGGUGCUUAUAUGGUGGGUGACAACUGUCCCCCAUCUACCUGUCCCUGGCACUGUGCCUUCCCACUGGUCACUGUGAAAAGCAGAUCACACUGGACUCUGAGGCCAGAACCCAGGACCACUUCCCCCCCUUCUCAUCUUGAGCCCAUCACUUCUUCAUACAGCUAAUAAUGUAGCAUUUACUUCUCUUUGGAAAACUCUUGGGUUUGUCCCCCAAGAAAUAGUAAAGCAUUUCAAGGAACAUAGUCAGAAAAUAAGAUUCUGGUGGUAGCUGUCAAAGAGAUGAUAGGAAAAUUUCACUUCCCCUCAGCUGAUCCCGGUAGCAGGGAUCGACAUGCCCCCUCUCCCUGAGUUUUUAAAGGCUACCAUGAUAUUUGUCAGUGACAAACUUAGGUAACAUUUUAUCACAACUUGCUAAUCAAAGAUUCCUAUGAAAACAGACAAUCACUUUCUAAAAUGUUGUUAUCCCUGAAAGGGAAUGAGGUAGAGUUUUAAACUAUAAGAACCUACCGGUCUGUUUUUUCCCUUUGAAAAAACAAACAUUUGAGGUUUGUGUCUUUCAUCUGAAGCUAUUACACCAUUAAUAAAGAUGCCUCCGAAGAGUCUGUGAGCCAGGCUGGUCCUCUACCUCUGGGGGCGCUGGCCUGGGUUCGUGCAUCUUAUUUCCUUAGAGAAUAUCUGUUUUUAUUAUGACCUUAAUUAUAAAUACCUAUAUAUAGGAAUAGGAUUUUCUCUCACCCCACCCUCUUUUAAUCAUUAUCACUUAAGUGUAAACCACACCUCCCCUCACCCCCCUUUUACUGAACAAAUGCACUUUAAUUCCUAAGGAGAGUGGCUGUUCCCGGCCCUGAAGCCAGAUAACUUCAGGAGGAGAGUCGAGGAGGGAGAACUCCUGCCAGACCCUGUGAAAUUAACCAAAUUCCUAUGUAGACACACAAAUCCUACCCCUUUUUAAGCUAUCCCCACCCCCUGCCAAAGGGAAAAAAGAAACAACCAAAAUGAAGAAGUUGAAAAUGUCUACCCUGAUUGCGGAAGUUUCCCUGGGGAAGAUACCCAAGAUUAAGUUAUUUUCUCAGCUACCAAAUUGUCAGAAACUUCUAAGUUAUUUUGUGGGAGGCUGAGAUUUUUCAAAUUAAAAACUCAAGUGAAAAUAUAAAGGCUAUAAAUAUAUGAUUCUGAUUUGUGUCACUUCUAAAUAUUAGAUUUGUUCUCUCCCUUAAUCUGACGGGUGUCCUCAGUCUCUCCUCCUGUAGAGUCUGUCCUUCCCCUGAUGACAAGCCAAUAGUCCUUGGUGGGGUUGCAUGUCUCCUAGAGCCCCAGAAGCCCUGUCGUGUCGGGGGAGGGGGGAGGGCCAGAGGGCGGGCAGAGACUGGGGUUGGGGGAGGGAGAUUCAGAAAAAGAGUGAAGAUAUGGGUUUAUAUAAACAUAUUUAAAGCAGUUUAGCAAAAGCUUUCUCGUUGAACAGCUUUAAGAACAAUGUGAAUGAAAUCUUAGCAACUUGGUUAGUAAUUUGAAAAGUCUAUUAAUGUAUACUUGAAAUUCUGUUUGUAUAAAAAUACAUUUUCCUCUUUAUUUUAACACUGUGUAAAAGAACAUUAUGCAUGUGAGUGGUUUGAGAAUUAAAUGGUUUAAUACUCA